GUGCAAUUACACAGAGGACGAGGAAAUGGAAGCCGUCGUGAGAGUGCUUACCAAAGGAGCAUUAGACGGAAGGGUUCGUUUUUUGGCCCAUAGGAAUUGAGUGAAGGAGGGAUCGAUGAAGGAUCUCAUCGAUCUAGUAAGAGAUCGUGAACUGGAAAAAGCGAAUGAAGACGAAUUUCAAAGAAGUCACACUCACAAGGAAAUGAAAACGAUUGCUGCUUUCUCGCAGUAUACUAACGAAGCGCCGAAUCAGUUCCGUGGCAACUGGCAUCAAAAUUCUGAACACUGGCGUUACGGGGUUAGAGGACGUCAGGGAUCAAACCGUGGAAGAGGACGUGGAAUGUCGAAUCGUGGAUCGCUCAACAACCGAUCAAGUGGAUCUGUCGGUAAUUGCUGGAGAUGUGGCAGUGUUUACCACCAGCCCAGUAAUUGUCCGGUGAUUCAGAAAGUAUGUCGUAACUGUGGUGGGUUAGGCCAUAUCGCACGAGUAUGUUCGAAGGUUUCAGAGCAGGUAUUACAGUCGGGACCUCGUAAGCGAAGAAAUGACCAUAAAGAAGAGGUUAACGAUUUGAAAAUUGCUGUUAUCGAGAAAAAUGGAGAGAUGAAAGAUGAGGCUACUAUUGUGUUGUUGCCAGAAUCUUCAUGCUCAGAACAGAAUAUGAAUUAUGAGGGAAAAUACAGUCAAGCUCUAUAUGAGGAGCAGAAAGAGAAGACCAAUGAAAUUCAGAGUAUAGUUGCCGAAAACAAAGCGUACAUAAGAGCUUACGUAGCGAAGACACCCAUCAAGUUGUUCAUAGACUCGGGUGCCCAGGUCAACACCGUAACCAAACAUGAUUUUGAAAAAAAUCUGGAUAACGCACAUAGCAAGGACAGUCUACUAGCUUUGGAAUAUUCUUCGGAUAAACGGCUGAAGGCCUACGCUUCGGAAGUCGAUAUUAAUGUGAUUGCAAACUUUUCGGCUGAGUUGUUUAUUUCAGAAGACAGGCCCGCUACGAUUGAAAAGUUCUAUGUUGUCGACGAAAUUCGAUCUCUUCUGGGAUUCAAUACGGCAGUCCGGUACAGUGUGCUUGCCGUGGGAUUAGAUGUUCCUGUGGGUCCUCAUAUUAAUUCGCCAUGGAAAUGUGAACUAAACACAGGCUUCUGUUAUCAAAUUCAAGACUGUACGGCUGAGUUUCCGAAAUUUAAUGUACCCCGAUUUCGUUGA